AUGUCUUAUGAUCAAUACGAGCUACACGAUACUGCAAACAACCAGUAUCAGAAUCCUCGCUUCGAUAUAGACCAGGACUCCACCUCGCAAUAUCAUGACUACGACGUCCAAGAUCAAAACGGGUUGAUCCAAACCGCAGAUGAGUUCAAUCAAAUGAUCAACACUCCAUACAACGGCUAUUACUCCUCUUCCAAGAACAAUUCCAAAUCACAGUCUCAACCACAACCCCAGCCAGAUGAACAAUACUCGACCUAUUCCAUGGGCAACAACAGAGAACAAUCCACGUUUUCUCAAAACUCCACCCCAUACUUCUAUUACGAUCAAAACGCCAUCGACCAAGCAUUACCCAACGUCCCAUACCCAGCAUACACCGCAGACCCCAAUUCGCCGGUAUCCAUCCAACAGAUUGAAGACAUCUUUAUCGAAUUGACAAACAAGUUCGGGUUCCAAAGAGAUUCCAUGAGAAACAUGUUUGAUCAUUUGAUGACGUUGCUCGAUUCUCGUUCUUCAAGAAUGGAACCUUACAUGGCGUUACUUUCUCUUCAUGCAGACUAUAUCGGUGGCGACACCUCCAAUUAUAAAAAAUGGUAUUUUGCCGCUCAAUUGGAUAUGGACGAUAAAGUUGGGUUCCGUAAUUUGAACUUGGCCAAGUUGAAAAGAGAAAAGAAAAAAAUGCAAAAAAAUAAACACGAUUACGAAAAUGACGAUUCCUUAGAAGCUGCAGAUUAUAGAUGGAAAUCAGAGAUGGAUUCCCUUUCCCCCACCGAUCGUAUCUACCAGAUCGCCUUGUACUUGCUGGUAUGGGGGGAAGCCAACCAAGUAAGAUUCACCUCCGAAUGUCUUUGUUUCAUCUACAAAUGUGCCCUAGAUUAUUUGAAUUCCCCCUAUUCCAUGGAACAAAACUUGCCGGAGGGCGAUUACCUGCACAGAGUCGUCACUCCCCUAUACAGAUUCAUCAGAGAUCAAGUCUAUGAAUUAAACCAUGAUGGCAAGUUCAUUAAACGUGAAAAUGAUCAUAACAAAAUCAUCGGCUACGAUGAUAUCAACCAAUUGUUUUGGUAUCCACAAGGUCUUAACAAGAUUGUUUUCCAAAACGGCGAAAAAUUAUUGGAUUUAUCAAAAGAUGAAAGAUAUUUGAGAUUGGGUGAUGUUCAUUGGCAAUCCGUUUUUUUCAAAACUUACAAAGAAACAAGAACUUGGUUACAUCUACUAACAAACUUCAACCGUAUUUGGAUCUUACACGCCUCCGUCUAUUGGAUGUACGUCGCCUACAAUUCCCCAACGUUAUAUACACAUAAUUAUCAACAAUUGUUGGAUAAUCAACCUUUGGCUGCUUAUAAAUGGGCGUCGGCCGCCCUGGGGGGUACUUUAGCAUCACUGUUACAAAUCGCAGCCACAGUCUGUGAAUGGUAUUUUGUUCCAAGAAAUUGGGCAGGCGCUCAACAUUUGAAAUAUAGAUUCUUGGGUAUUUGCAUUGUUCUUGGGGUCAAUCUAGCACCAAUCAUUUGGGUUUUCGCAUAUGAUAAAGAUGACGUUCAAUCAUACACCGCUCAUGUCGUUUCCGCAGUGUUUUUCUUUGUUGCUGUCGCCACUUUGGUUUGGUUCUCCAUCAUGCCUCUAGGUGGUCUCUUCACUUCCUAUUUAAACAGAUCCACAAGACGUUAUGUUGCAUCACAAACCUUUACUGCCAAUUUCGCUCCUUUGAAAGGUUUGGAUAGAUGGUUAUCCUAUUUGGUUUGGAUCGUUGUCUUUGGUGCCAAAUUCGCAGAAUCAUACUACUUCUUAAUCUUAUCUCUAAGAGAUCCCAUCAGAAUCUUAUCCACAAUGACAAUGAGAUGUACCGGUGAAUAUUGGUGGGGUGCUCACGCUUGUAGACAACAACCAAAAAUCGUCCUUGGUCUGAUGAUUGCCACAGAUUUCAUUCUUUUCUUUUUAGAUACUUAUUUGUGGUAUAUCUUAGUCAACACUGUCUUUUCCAUUUGUAAAUCCUUUUACAUGGGUAUGUCUGUUUUAACUCCAUGGAAAAAUAUCUUUACAAGAUUACCAAAGAGAAUUUAUACAAAGAUCUUAUCAACAAAUGAUAUGCAAAUCCAAUAUAAACCAAAGAUUUUGAUUUCCCAAAUUUGGAAUGCCAUCAUCAUCUCCAUGUAUAGAGAACAUCUAUUAGCCAUCGAUCAUGUCCAACAAUUGUUAUACCAUCAAGUCCCAGGUAAUGAACAAGGUAAAAGAUCCUUAAAGGCCCCAACUUUUUUCUUGGCUCAAGGUGAUCCUAAAUCCAAGAUAGAAUUUUUCCCCAAGGAUUCUGAAGCUGAACGUCGUAUUUCAUUUUUCGCUCAAUCGUUAUCCACUCCAUUACCAACUCCAUUACCAAUCGAUAAUAUGCCAACUUUUACUGUUUUGACUCCUCAUUAUUCUGAAAGAAUCUUGUUAUCCUUAAGAGAAAUCAUUAGAGAAGAUGAUCAAUUCUCAAGAGUUACCCUAUUGGAAUAUUUGAAACAAUUACAUCCUUUAGAAUGGGAAUGUUUUGUUAAAGAUACAAAGAUUUUGGCCGAAGAAACUGACGCUUAUGAACAACAAAACCUAUCAGGUCCUUCCAAUGAUGAAUUCAAGCAAAAGCAACAACAACAAAUGGAUUUGGAGAAAAACGAAUAUUCUGGUCAAGAUUCUUCUAAAAACCAUGUCGAUGAUUUACCAUUUUAUUGUAUCGGUUUCAAAUCCGCUGCUCCUGAAUACACUUUAAGAACACGUAUUUGGGCCUCUUUAAGAUUCCAAACGUUAUACCGUACUGUUUCUGGGUUUAUGAAUUAUGCAAGAGCCAUUAAAUUGUUAUAUCGUGUUGAGAAUCCAGAAAUCGUUCAAAUGUUUGGUGGCAAUGUUGAAGGGUUAGAUAAUGAAUUAGAAAGAAUGGCAAGAAGAAAAUUCAAAUAUGUCGUUUCUAUGCAAAGAUUGGCUAAAUUUAAACCUCAUGAAAUGGAAAACGCUGAAUUCUUAUUAAGAGCUUAUCCAGAUUUACAAAUUGCUUAUUUAGAUGAAGAACCUCCAUUAAAUGAAAAUGAAGAACCAAUCGUUUAUUCUGCUUUAAUCGAUGGUCAUUGUGAUAUUAUGGAAAAUGGUAGAAGACGUCCCAAAUAUAGAAUCCAAUUGUCAGGUAAUCCAAUCUUGGGUGAUGGUAAAUCAGAUAAUCAAAAUCAUGCCAUCAUCUUUUAUAGAGGUGAAUAUAUUCAAUUGAUUGAUGCUAAUCAAGAUAAUUAUUUGGAAGAAUGUUUGAAAAUUAGAUCUGUCUUGGCUGAAUUCGAAGAAUUAAAUGUAGAUUAUAUCAAUCCUUAUUCUCCAGAGGUUAGAUACGAAGAUCAAAAUAAUAAUUAUCCAGUGGCUAUUGUUGGUGCUAGAGAAUAUAUUUUCUCUGAAAAUUCAGGUGUUUUAGGUGAUGUUGCUGCUGGUAAAGAACAAACUUUUGGUACUCUUUUCGCUCGUACUUUAUCUCAAAUUGGUGGUAAAUUACAUUACGGUCAUCCGGAUUUUAUUAAUGCUACUUUUAUGACUACAAGAGGUGGUGUUUCUAAAGCUCAAAAGGGUUUACAUUUAAAUGAAGAUAUUUAUGCAGGUAUGAAUGCCACUUUAAGAGGUGGUAGAAUUAAACAUUGUGAAUAUUAUCAAUGUGGUAAAGGUAGAGAUUUAGGGUUUGGUACUAUUUUGAAUUUCAACACAAAGAUUGGUGCCGGUAUGGGUGAGCAAAUGUUAUCUCGUGAAUAUUAUUAUUUAGGUACUCAAUUACCAAUCGAUCGUUUCUUAUCAUUCUACUAUGCUCAUCCUGGUUUCCAUUUGAAUAAUUUGUUUAUUCAAUUAUCUUUACAAUUAUUCAUGUUGACUUUAUUAAAUAUGAAUGCAUUGGCUCAUGAAUCUAUUUUCUGUGAUUAUGAUAGAAAUAAACCAAUUACUGAUAUAUUAUAUCCAAUCGGUUGUUACAAUUUGUCUCCAGUAGUUGAUUGGGUUAGACGUUACACUUUAUCCAUUUUCAUUGUUUUCUUUAUCGCUUUUGUUCCAAUUAUCGUUCAAGAAUUGAUUGAACGUGGGUUAUGGAAAGCCACUCUAAGAUUCUUCCGUCAUUUACUAUCUCUAUCUCCAAUGUUUGAAGUAUUUGCAGGUCAAAUCUAUUCUUCUGCAUUAAUGACUGACAUGACUGUAGGUGGUGCUCGUUAUAUUUCUACUGGUAGAGGGUUUGCCACAUCUCGUAUUCCAUUUUCAAUUUUAUACUCAAGAUUUGCUAAUUCAGCAAUCUAUAUGGGUGCUAGAUCGUUGUUAAUGUUAUUAUUCAGUACGUGUGCUCAUUGGCAAGCUCCAUUAUUAUGGUUCUGGGCCUCUUUAGCCUCCUUAUUAUUAUCACCAUUCAUCUUUAAUCCACAUCAAUUCUCUUGGGAAGAUUAUUUCUUAGAUUAUAGAGAUUUCAUCAGAUGGUUAUCAAGAGGUAAUAGAAAAUACCAUAAAAACUCUUGGAUUGGUUAUAUUAGAAUGUCAAGAUCUCGUGUUACUGGUUUCAAACGUAAAUUAACUGGUGAUGAAUCUGAACAAGCUGCUGGUGAUUCCAAAAGAGCUCGUAAGAUUAAUUUAGUCAUUUCUGAAUUCAUCCCAUUGAUCGUAUACUCUGCAGGUUGUUUUAUGGCUUUCACUUUUAUUAAUGCUCAAACUGGUGUUCAAAAUGCAACUAGAGUCAAUUCUAUUUUACGUGUAUUGAUUUGUACUUUUGCUCCAAUUGCAGUUAAUAUGGGUGCAUUGCUAUUCUGUGUCUGUGUUAGUCCAUUAGCUGGCCGUUGUUGUAAACAAGGUGGUUCUGUUAUGGCUGCUUUGGCUCAUGGUACUUCAGUUAUGGUUAAUUUGAUUAUGUUCAUCGUCAUGUGGGUUUUAGAAGGCUUCAAUUGGCCAAGAAUGUUAUUAGGUAUUGUUACUUGUAUUCAAUUCCAAAGAUUAAUUUAUCAAGGUAUGUCUAUUUUCUUAUUAACAAGAGAAUUGAAAAAUGAUAGAUCCAACACGGCUUUCUGGACUGGUACUUGGGGUAGUAACCAUUUAGGUGUCACACAACCAUUUAGAGAAUAUUUCGUUAAGAUUAUUGAAUCUGCAGAAUUUGCUGCUGAUUUCACUUUAGGUCAUAUCAUCAUGUUUAUCCAAUUACCAGUUUUAUGUAUCCCAUUCAUUGAUAAAUUCCAUUCUAUGAUGUUAUUCUGGUUAAAACCAUCAAGACAAAUUCGUGCUCCAAUUUACUCAUUAAAGCAAACAAGAUUACGUAAGAGAAUGGUUAGAAAGUAUAUGGUAUUAUACUUUAUUGUAUUCUGCUUAAUAAUGGCAUGCUUUAUUGGUCCUGCUGCUGCUUCAAGCCGUGUUACAUUGCACAUUAACGCAGGUGAUCCAGGUGUAUACCAUAAUCUUAUUCAACCAAGAAACUUAAGUAAUAAUGAUACUGGUUUAUCUACAUACUCCGGUCAUUAUUACACAGAAAAACCUUCUAUGGAAAUAUGGUCUACCAUUAAAUAG